GGGUUUGGAUACAGCACAGAAACGCACUCGAACACGCUCACUCAUUCACUCAGCCAGCCACUCAGUAAGGCAGACAAAGAGGAGCAAUAUUCUGCAGGAGGACAACACACUCCCGGGGGAUGGGGCAUCAUACUCCUGCAUCACGUUGGGGGGGCCAGAGAAGGCACAGGAGAGCCAUUCAGAAGAGUCGGGGGUCAAAGGUGAGAAGAGCAGAGGGCACCAUGGAGAGUGAGCCGGGGGCUCCAGCCUCUACGGCCAGCAACACUGGGACCACCACUUCCUCCACCACCAGCUCCUCCACCACCACAGCUGCCAGCAGUAGUAAUAGUACCUCUAACACUACUGCUACUACUUCCACUGCUUCCACCAGCAGUAGUAAUAGUAACAGCAGCAGCAUUAGUAGUAGUAACACUAGCAAUAGUGUCAGUAGUGGUACUACAACAGGAAGACAGACAGUGCCUCAGAUAUCAGUUUACAGUGGAAUACCUGACCGACAAACAGUGCAGGUGUUCCAGCAGGCUCUACACAGACAGCCUAACACUGCAGCCCAGUACCUGCAGCAGAUGUAUGCAGCCCAGCAGCAGCAUCUGAUGCUACAAACUGCAGCGCUCCAGCAGCACAAUCUCAGCACUGCUCAGCUCCAGAGCCUGGCUGCUGUACAACAAGCCAGUAUUGCAGCUGGGCGGCAAAGCUCUUCGCAGAAUGGCACUUCAUCUCAGCAAACAGGAUCUACUCAGGCUACGAUCAACCUGACCACCUCCCCAGCAGCAGCUCAGCUGAUCAGCCGCGCUCAGAGCAUCAGUUCAACCCCAACCAGUAUUUCCCAGCAGGCUGUCCUGCUGGGCAGUCCAUCGAACACGACUCUCACAGCGAGCCAGGCACAGAUGUACCUGCGUGCACAGAUGGCCCAGCAGAGUAACCUUGUACAGGUGGCCAGGAGCCUCGGUCGAGCUGUUCCUCUGUCCCCUCAGCUCAUCUUUACUCCAACAGCCACGGUGACAGCUGUCCAGUCAGAGAGCACGCAGGCGUCCUCACAGAAUCAGGUCCAGAACCUCGCCAUCCGUGGCCAGCAGGGGGCGACCACAUCCUCCUCUCAGACUCUGCAGGCUCUCAGUCUGAAGCAGAGUCCCAUGUCCAUCCAGCCCACUGCACUGAUUAAGAAUCCCAGCCAGGGGACGCAGGUUGCUACAGGAGGGAAGACCAGCUUCUCCUCUGACAUUUCCUCUGAUGGAGGGAAGAAAGGAGAUGGUGCAGCCGUCACAGAAGUCAGAGCGAUAAACAUGAGCCGCAGUGUCACAGCCGUCAGUGCUCAGCCUCUGAUUGCUCCAGCUUACACGCAGAUUCAGCCACAAUCCCUGGUUCAGCAGCAUAAACAACAUCAGCAGCAGUUUGUGGUCCAUCAGAGUCAAAGUUCCCAGAAGUCAGCUGGGCAGCUGCUACAGACGGCUUCCAUUCAGCCGUCACAGCAUCCUGUCCCUGUGCUGCCCAAACCCGCUCCACACCUGCCCUCUACACCUAACCAGCAGGCCACAAUCUUCCACUCCACCAUUAGCCCCCACGCCCUCCACUCCUCCCUCAGCCAUGCCAAGGCUCAGCCUGUCCAGCUCACUGCUAUCAACCUUCAAAUACAGCCAACAGCCUCUAGACUGGUUCAGGACAGUAAAGACAAGCCAACCUCACUGGUGGUGAGAGAGACGUGUCCGACACCCUCUACGCAGCAGCAGCAGCAGCAGAAGCAGCAGCAACUACAACAGCAGCAGCAGCUACAACAGCAGCUACAACAGCAGCAGCAGCUACAACAACAGCAGCAGCAACUACAACUACAACAACAGCAGCAGCAACAACAGCAACAACAACAGCAGCAACAACAGCAGCAGCAGCAGCAACAACAACAACAACAGCAACAACAACAACAACAACAACAACAACAACAACAGCAGCAGCAGCAGCAUCCUGCACCCUUGCCAUCACAACCUGCCAAGCCUGUAGAGCAGCCCAAGGUCGACCCCACUACCCCAGCUGUUCAGCCACAAGGAGGGAGCUCAACCAAGAGUCCGACUGCUGUACCCGUGACUCCACCUCCAACCAUGACCUCAGGAAAUGAGAGUGAGGUGCCCGGCGUGAUAGGCAGCGCACCGCAGAAUGGGGAGAACAAACCGCCCCAGGCCAUUGUCAAGCCUCAGGUCCUCACGCAUCUCAUCGAAGGCUUUGUCAUCCAGGAGGGAGCCGAGCCAUUCCCAGUCUGUGUGGAGCGGCUGCCCAUUCUCAUCAACAGCCCAAAGAAACUGGACCGUCAGCUCUCCUCAGAUCCUGACAAAACUCCAGUCAGCAACGCAGCAAACAGCGACUCUGAGCCGGAGGACAUGAACCUGACAGAAAAAGAACUAGAACCAAAGCUGACAUGUGAAUACUGUGGCUGGGUCGACUUUGCCUACACCUUCAAGGCCUCUAAAAGAUUCUGUUCCAUGGUUUGUGCAAAGAGGUACAACGUGGGUUGCACAAAGAGGAUAGGCCUUUUCCGUCCGGAGAGGAGUAAACCAACCAAUCGCUGGCGAAGAAAAGCUCAGGGUCGUUCCAGUAUAGAAGCAAAGAAGCAGAAGCUGUCCCCCUGCCCGCAGCAGACUCAAGCUGGUUCCUUAUCCUCACCACAUCCCUCACAGCCCAGUCAGGAGGAGUCCAGCCCGUGUUCGGACAUGUCCAGCUACGAGGAGCCACCAUCUCCUCUGUCAGCAGCCAGCUCAGGUCCUCCAGCUCCUACCCCAGCCCCUGCUCAGGUCCCUGUACGAAGGCAGCCGAGUAGAGCCUCAGACCAGGAGGGCUCCUGUGGGAGAGAUGCACCCUCACUCAGUCAGCAUUUUGUAUCAAGCGACCCUACCAGGUGGAAUGUGGAGGAAGUUUACGAGUUCAUCCGUUCACUGCCAGGUUGUCAGGAGAUAGCAGAUGAGUUUCGGUCUCAGGAGAUUGACGGACAGGCCUUGCUCCUUUUAAAGGAGGACCACCUCAUGAGCACCAUGAACAUUAAACUGGGGCCUGCACUCAAGAUCUUUGCACGCAUCAACAUGCUUAAAGACUCAUAGCAGCUCUUGUGUGUGUGUGUGUGUGUGUGCUUGUGUGUGUGUGUGUGUGUGUGUGCGUGUGCAAAGGUCGGCGUGUAAAACCUUCAUUGUAGCACUGACAGCACAGAGUAUUGACUGCACUAUGACCCUGUCUUCUCUGUUCCCUUUGAUCCAGGAUCCCUUUUGCUGGAUUUGACCCACAUUUCCAGCUCAAUAAACCAUGUUAUUAUUUAAACCUGGCUACUGGAACUGAUAGUGGUCUCACAAUGAGCACUUGAAAACGUUACCUUUUUUUAUGGUUAAACCAUUAUAAGUACAAUAUUAAUUGCUAUUGAAUGUCACAGAAACACCAGCAUCUCGGACUAAAACAAAACUUUGUCCA